UGUGUGGGUGUUUCUGUUAUUUUUCUCGGUGGCAUUCACAAACCUGGCUUCUGUGUCUUCACAUGUGAGGACAAACAUGUUCCCGUCCUGUUUGUGUUUCUGAGGCAGUAGUUAUUUGAGGCCGAACAUCUUAUGCAUCACUGACUUCCUGUGGCAGGUUUUCAAAUUAACUGUCAGAACUAGAGCUAAAGACUCUGACAGCUUCUCAGUGGAGGGCAGACAGACGGCAUGACAGAGGAGAAAUGUCCCCAGCUGGUGGACUACUUUGUAGUAGCAGGUCUCGACCCUGCGGGGGACUGGAAGCCCCUGGACGAGGAUGGCAAAACCUGCAGCUCCUCCUCCUCCACAUCCUCCUCCUCUACCUCUUCGGGCCGAGCGGUGGAGUCGGUGACGGACCUGGCGGUGAUCGCCCGUGGGCUCGGGGAGGAAGUGCCGGAGGGCUUCACCUGCAUCGAGAGGACGCUGGGCGGACACUCGGCCGAGCUUAGCGCCGGCCUCAUCAACAACCCUCACCUGUACCUGUGCUACCGCCGAGGACGAGACAAACCGCCCAUACUGGACCUCGGGGUUCUGUAUGAGGGGAAGGAGCAGCUGAAGCAGGGCUGGUACGUCAUCGAGACGACGCCCUACAGCCGCUCAGCCAGCCUGAGCACCGGCGGCGGCCCCACAGCUCACCGUGUGUUCCUGACGUACCGGCGGGCUCUGGACUCGCAGGGCCUCCACACGCUGGGCGUCACCGACAUCGCCCUCCUGCUGCCCAGCAAAGGAGAGGUCGCCCCGCACACCUUCUGCAGAGUCGACAAGAACCUCAACACCGGCAUGUGGGGUCCGGCUCUGUACGUGUGCUACAAGAGAGCUGUGGCCAAAGCCAACGCCCUCGUCUACAAAGCCAGUCUGAUCAGCCGGUACCCGGAGGAGGACCUGGAGUCGUUUCCUCUGCCGGAGUCGGUGCCGGUCUUCUGUCUGCCGAUGGGCGUCACCGUGGAGAGCUGGCCUCUGAACACCAAGUACCAGCUGCCCGUCUUCUCCACCUUCGUCCUCACCUCCGCCUCUGGGGACAAGGUUUACGGAGCAGCCAUCCAGUUCUACGAGUCGUUCCCCAGGGAGCUGCUGUCGGAGCGGCAGAGCGUGAGGCUCGGCCUGCUCAGCGUGGUCGACCGGCGGCCGAUCACCAACCGCAGCCUGCAGGUGAAGAAGAGCAUCUGCGUCCUCUCCCACUGGCCCUUCUUCACUGUCUUCCAGAAGUUCCUCACCUUCAUCUACAGAUACUCCAUCUCCGGACCUCACGUCCUGCCGCUCGAAAAACACGUCUCCAGCUUCAUGCACAACGUCCCGUUUCCUUCCCCACAGCGACCUCGCAUCCUCGUUCAGCUCUCUCCGUACGACAACCUGCUGCUCUGCCAGCCGGUCUCCUCUCCGCUCCCACUCAGUGGUGCGAGCUUCCUGAAGCUGCUGCAGAACCUCGGUCCAGAGAACGCCUGCACGCUGCUGCUCGCCGUCCUCACCGAACACAAACUGCUGCUGCACUCACUGCGCCCCGACGUCCUCACCUCCGUCAGCGAGGCCCUCGUCUCUAUGAGUUUCCCGCUGCGCUGGCUCUGUCCCUACAUCCCUCUGUGUCCGCUGCAGAUGGCCGACGUGCUGCUGGCGCCGAUGCCCUUCAUUGUGGGCGUCCACUCCAGUUACUUCGACCUGUACGACCCCCCCGCUGAUGUGGUGUGUGUCGACCUGGACACCAACACCAUCUUCCAGUCAGAGGACAAGAAGCCGUUGUCAUGGCGAUCAUUACCCAGGAAGCACGGCAAGAUGCUGUUCAACACCCUGACUAACCUCCACAAGACCCUGGAGAAAAUUUGCACUCCCGGUCAGGAGGAGGCGACGCUGGAGUUCCUGUUGACGGACUACGAUCAGAUCUACAGGAGUCAGAAGCAGCUGGAGCUGGAGAUCCAGGAGGCGUUCCUUCGCUUCAUGAGCUGCCUGCUGCGAGGAUACAGAACCUUCCUGCUGCCCAUCACCCAGGCGCCGUCAGACACCACCACCGACUGCAGCUCCCUCUUUAACCUGCAGGGUUUCCUGAAGUCUCGUGAUCGAACGCAGCAGAAGAUCUACAGUCAGCUGACGAGGACUCAGAUGUUCACGCAGUUCAUCGAGGAGUGCUCCUUCGUCAGCGACCGGCACGCCUGCCUCGAGUUCUUUGACGAGUGCGUCCAGAAGGUGGACGUGGAGAAGCCGGAGGAUGUGAGGCUGAUCGAUCUGGACGAGACUCACAGCGGAGAACACACCGUCUUCAUCAUGCCGCCUGAGGAACCGCAGGAACCUGACGGGUCCGAGUGCCCCGCCCUCUACAGUUAUGAAACCUUCCCCACACUGAAGCCGGAGCUGUUUGACCGGCCUCAGGACCAGCUGAGGGUCCCAGCCAAGGGCAGCGCCCCCAGUAGCCCCGCCCCCCGCCGCACCAAGCAGGAGAUCAAGUUGGCCCAGAAGCGAGCUCAGAAGUACUCCACGGUGCCGGACAUGUGGUCCAAGUGCCUGCUGGGUCACUGUUACGGCCUCUGGUUCAUCUACCUGCCCACUUUCGUGCGGGCGGAGAGCGCGAAGGUGCGCGCUCUGCACACGGCCUACGACGUCCUCAAACACAUGGAGAACCGCAAGGUGGUGCUGCCAGAUGAGGUGUGUUACAGGAUCCUGAUGCAGCUGUGCGGUCAGUACGGUCAGCCGGUCCUCGCCGUACGGGUCCUGCUGGAGAUGAAGAAGGCUGGAAUCACACCCAACACCAUCACCUACGGAUACUACAACAAGGCAGUGCUGGAGAGCAAGUGGCCGUCCACCAAUCAGGGAGGACGUCUCCGCUGGGCCAAGCUAAGGAACGUGCUGUUGGCUGUGGCCCAGUUCAGACAGCCAAUCAAACGGCGUCAGAAGAGCGGCUCUGUGGGGUCACGAGGAGAAACGAUGAUGGACUUGGAUCAGAGGCCCCGCCCCCAGUCGACUCUGAUUCGUCAGUCCAGUUGGAGCGGUCUGUCAGAAAGCUCCAGCCACGAGUCUCUGACGGGCUCGCUGGUGAAGAGCAACAGUCUGAACAGCAUGAAGGCGCCGGCUGACAAGUUGAAGCUCUGCAAGAAGACCAUCCUCCGCAACGCAGGGACCAAUGGCUGCGGUGACGCAGUCUCCCGUAAGCCUCCGAUUGGACGCAGAGACACCUCCACUCCACCUCCAAUGCCCCCCGGUGGUGUUCUAGUGCGGCGGAGUCAAGUCUGCCUCUCCACCUUCUACAAAGAGUGUGCAGAGUCAGCCGACUCCGAGCCAGACUGCUGUCAGCCAGCAGAGAGAGACGGCAGACCUGCCGGGACUCGAGACUCGUCCGGCAGAAAUAAAGUCGUAGACGAGAACUACAACAACGUCUCCUCCCCGAGCCGAGGAGGUCUGGCAGGGAAACUCCAGCAGCUUCUCACUCCGACAAGACAUCGAGUGUCUGUUCGACGAGCCGCCAGCGUUGACGACCGGCGGCCAGGAGGAGGGGGAGGAGGAGGAGGAGGGAUAGGACGAAGAGUGUCUGAACAGAGGCAGUCCAGGAAAGCUCAAGUGGCGGAAACACUGCUGAAGGCCAAAGACAGGCUGGUCAGCGCUACCUCAGAGAGUUCAUUGUCUGUAGGAAGUGACCUCGACUUGACGGACACGCCCAGUCCCGCCUAUCCUCUGCGCCGGUCGUGGGACGCCAACCAAGAGGCGACGGGGCUCGAGGUGUUGAUGUCCAGCUGCUCUCUGUGUCGCAGCUGUAACUCGUUAGUCUAUGACGAGGAGAUCAUGGCUGGCUGGACGUCAGACGACUCCAACCUGAACUCGUCCUGCCCGUUCUGCUGCGCUUCCUUCGUGCCCUUCCUGAACGCCGAGAUCUGUGACCUCGGACCUGUCAGCAGUGCGGAGCGCACCAACUGGAACAUGGAGGAUGAGGUGGAGAGCGCAGUGAGGCCCCCCAGUGCUCAAGAGGCCUCCCUGCGACACCAGUGUAACGGUCUGAGUGAGGACUCCAGCUCCGAGACCAGCAGCUACUCUGAGAACAGCAGAACCACCACGGGUUCGUCAGUGGGCGGCACCCCUCAGGUGGCGGUGGCCUACCUGAGCCCUCUGGUCCUGAGGAAGGAGCUGGAGAGUCUGCUGGAGAACGAGGGCGAGGCGGUCCUGGCCCAGCCUCAGUUCCUGGACAACCACUCCAUCAUCUUCUGGAACCUGGUGUGGUACUUCCAGCGCCUCGGUCUGCCCAAUAACCUGCUGCAGCUGGUCAAAGCCUCGCCACUGGUCAGCCAGUUCACACAGGCAGAGAACUCAGCAGUGAGGGUGAGGCUCCUCUGGGACACCCUGACCCCUGACACAGACCAGUGGCCCCCCCUCUACGUCCUCUGGAGGAUCCACAGCUCCUCCACCUCCCUCCUCUGUCCUCCACCAGGUGGCGUCCCGAUGAGAAGCUACAGCUGGCGGAAACACAACCACCCGUUCACGCUGGCCUUCUUGGAGGAGGUGCUGCGCUGGGUCGGCAUGAACGAGGUGCACAAAGCCGUCACCCUUUUCCUGGACACACUGGCCAAAGAGCCGGGCUCCGCCUGGACGCAGAGGAGUUUGUACAGAGAGUUCCUCUUCCUCACUCUGGCAGCUAUGGGCAAAGAUCACGUCGCUGCGUUCGAUAAGAAGUACAAGGCGGCGUACUCUCGGCUCAGCAGCACUCUGGGUCGAGAAGAGCUCCGCAAGAAGCGAGCUCAGCCUCCCAGCCCAAAAGCCGUCGACUGCAGACGCAGCUUCCACCCGCCGCUCGAAUGCUGAUGAUCCAGGAACACAACGUCCCACACGUCCCUGAUGACUCCCGCAGCGUUUGUCCCUGUGAGGGAGAAGAGGAGAGCCGGCGAACCCAGGAUCCCUGCUGCCUUCACCUGCUUGUAUUCUUCACCUUUCUGCUGCCGCCUGGUGGACGUCGGAGUGACGCGCUCCGUCCUGUCCUCUGUAGCUCUGUUUGCCUUGUCGAUGUGAAUCCAGCAGCUCUUUGUCUUCAUUUAAGAUCCUGAAAGUUGAUCCAGCUGUAGCAGACGGAGCUCAUCUGGACUGAAGAGCUCGUACAGGAACACACUUCUCUCACCAAGGGUUAAAACACUGAGCCGAGAGCUGUUUGUCGGUCUGUAACGUGGAGUCGUCUGAAGUCAAGAAAACUGGUGGAAGCUCAGGUUGGUGCAUGUCCAGAGGGAUCAGUUGUGUCGCUGUGAACGUUUUCUUUUUCCCUGUUUUUUUAACUACACAUCCGGAUGAUUAAAAUCAGAGCAGAGGGAAUCUUCUGCAGGACUGAGAGUUUUAGCCACAGUGAGUCAGGAUGUCAGAUUUGCUGUUCCGAGUGUGACCAAGGUUGGCAGUCAGGAUUUUCUAAGAAAAAAGGUCAAAUAAGGAUUAAAAUGCAGAGCAGAGCAUCAACACAACACGACCCGAAGAGAAGCUUCAGAGUUGAACAAGUCCAGGAAACUCCUGAUCGUCUCUCCACCCCUCUGUCUGUGUGUGUGUGUCUGGUUGUAAGUAUGAUCAAGGCAGCGAGGUUUGGUUUGUAAAAGGGAAAAUAAGGUCAGAAGUCAACGUUCAUUAUCAGGCAGUCGAGGAAAUCACCAAACAAGAAGCUGAAAUUUUUUAAGUCUCUGAAACUUCAAAUCUUCGGUCUGUUGGGAUUUUUCCAGAGGACAAAGACUCUUGGACAGUUUUAAUAUGAAGCUACAUCAAAGUUUUAAGGUUUUGAACUUUUCCCGGUGAUCAUGGUCGCCCAAUCGCGCUUUGGAUACUGGAACUGAGAAGACGCCGCUAUCAUCCUUCAAAUCAGGAAAAACAACCAAACAAGUCGCAUCAUUUAAAGGAAUACGCAACACUGCAAAUGAUUGUUUGUAUAUCAAUCACUAGAUAAAUUCAUAAAGAAAACUUUAUUGUUCUCCCAUGCCUCUACAGUGAAUGAAGAAUCCAAAAACAGUGAACAUUCCUGAUUAAUUGAAGUCUUUUUUAUCCAGUCGUAUGCUCAGUACUUCACAAGCAGACGGCCCUUUCUGGCGGGGAACUGAACUGAAAGUGAAAUGUAUUGAUGCUCUCUUCAAAGCCAGACUCCACCAAUGAAAACAGUAAUUUUACUUCGCAGAACACAGGAUCUGCUGGUCGACCACUGCCUCGAUUAGAUAGUUUGUUUGUGUCAUUGUGUGACUUUGGUGAAUCCUUUGGUGAGCCCCUCUGUGCAGAGUCUGCAUGUUCUCCCCGUGUCAGCGUGGGUUUCCUCCAGGUGCUCCAGCUUCCUCCCACAGUCCAAAGACAUGCAGGUUAAUUGGUGACUCUAAAUUGUCCGUAGGUGUGAAUGUGAGUGUGAAUGGUUGUCUGUCUCUAUGUGUCAGCCCUGUGAUAGUCUGGUGACCUGUCCAGGGUCACAGAAAAUGAAUGAACUAACUGAUGGAGGCAGCCGUAGACCAGCAGCCUCUCGUGUUCUGCAAAGUAAGAUAACUGUUUUUGUCAAAGGAGUCUGGCUUUGGAGAGAGCAUGGAUAAGUUCCCCGUCGGAGGUGUCUGUUUGGAAGCCUGGAUAAGUUUUGCUGUUGUUGAACGUGGACCCCUGUGAUUUCAGUUUGUCAAGAAUUUUGUCAGUUUUUUAAUCUUCAUUCACGGUGAUGAUGCAAGAAAAACAAAGUGUUCCUCCUGGAAUUCAGCGUGACACAGGGUGACUAACUGAUAGAUAAUGGUCAUUUGAGGGGUGAAGUGUUCCUGAAAGUCAGAAAACUUGAAGGACGUCUCUUUUGGCUAGUCAGAUCUGAAAAGUCUCAUCCAUCUAAACACAAGGGAAACGACCAAACAAGGUCACAACUGUCUCAGCCGAGGUUUCAAACAUCUGAUUUACUGCCCACAAGUUUUUCCAGCAGUUCAAACAGGUCGGGUGUUGUGUUCACUGACAGCUGUUUUGAGCCAAUCAGAUCGUUUGUAGGCCGGAUGAAGUGGCGUCAUCUUUCUGUGCCAGAGGGCGAAAAAUGGCGACAGGUGUGGAUGGAUGUUAAAUCAACAUAACCCUUUGAUCGACAUGACAAACGCUAAGCUAACUGCUGCUAACAGGCUCCCCCACUGCCUCUGGUUAGACAUAAAUAACACUGGGUUUUUUGGUUGUUGUUGUUAAACGAAAUGUAUCCAGCAAAGUUUGGAAGAGUCUUUGUCACAAAACAGUUUUUUUUUUUUCUUACUGCGCACCCCUCAGAUUUACCUUAACACCUCAUGGAGAGGUCCCAACCACCAGGAACUGAUUCUUCUCUGCUCGGAUUUACCACGUCAGAGGGUCGUUGGAUGUUUCCGGCAGGAUCACAUUUUUCAUAAAGGAUCUUUCUUUUCUUUUUGCAUCAAACACACAACAAAACAGAAAUUCAGCACUACCUUUGAAUCUCUCAUCAUCUCUGCUUGAAUCUGGAUCUUCACCAGGACCUGGAGGCCGCAGUAACAUUAAGCGGCUCUAAAAGUGCUGUUUGACGUCAGCUUUCUGGGAAACCGCUCAGCUAUUACCUUCUUUUUCCACCUGGUUGGUUUCUCAGAACAGAAUCAUCAUCUUUUAGACAGGAGGAAGUUGUUGAAGGCUUUAUUUGACUUAUUUAACAGACAGACAGACGGAAAGAGUCAAAACAUUCUCACUGAAAACACUGUAUGACGGCUUUUAGCAGCUGGAGAUGUCCUAACUUCUGAUUAAUGUAAUUACUCAUCAAAAUGACAGAAAAUGUCCUUUAAACAGGUUAAAAUUUAAAAUUAAGACGAUGUAAAAAAGUCACAUUAUUGCAUUUACUGCUGAUUAUUACGACCACUAUCUAAUACCUGUAAAAUCUGUAUUAUAAAAAAGUGUAGAUAGAGUUAUUUAUGACUGAAUCAAACCCGAGAGUUUGUGUAAUAAUGUGCUAACUAGAGGACAUUUUUCAUCAGCAGGUUAUAACAUUGUGCAGCAGUUCUGACGCUCUCAGCUGCUAAAUAGUGACAGAGAUUAUGGCUUUAUUCUUUUUUUUAAUAUGUUUUUUCCCCUGUUGAUGUUAUUUAAAGGGAGUUUGAGAAAAUGAAACUUUAAGAGGGAUUCAUCAGCAUUAACGUGUCUUCGUGGACACUUCAUAAACCACAUUUUCAGCUGUGUGUGUCUGGUUUGGGACGAGAGUUUAGUUAAAUUUUAGAUUUUUAUUUUAGGUGUGAUGUUGAGAAGUUUUAAGGAAUUCAUCAGGCACCUUUGCAAAUAAGGCCCUGAUCACACAGAAAGUGUUUCAGCAGCUGGAGGCGGCUUUUUGUAAUUGUUUUUAAUGAGACUGAAACUUUUUGCUCGCUGUUUUUGCGUCACCACGCGCCUGCUGUGUUUUGCCAGAGCGUUCUGAACUCCUCAAGUUAUAAAAACUUCAACUCAGAGCAGAAAAGCGCCCCACCUCAUCUCCGCUUUUUCCCCAUUGUCCAAUGAUUUGAGAGGCGGGCCUUCUGUGGUGGUCAUGACAGCAAGUUUACAGUUGGUAAACAAUGGAGGAGAAACUGGUGGUAGCGGUCGCUGGAUACCCAGAGCUAUACGGCCUGAUGAUAGACAGCAGGUUCGACUGGACUUUAAGCGUUGAGAGCCAAACAACUGUCCAGUAAAAUUAAUGAAGAUAAUUAUAAGUGAAGACCGUCAGUCAAGAUCAGAUGUAACAGCUGGUGAUUUCUGAGAACUGACCGACAGAAAUAAUAUUCCGCUGCUUAAAUUCAGAAUCUGUGAACCAGCUUAGCUUUUACCAGCAUUUUGGACCUUUUGUUCUGCAUCAGUGACAGAAAGUGUCCCACGCUGAGGUCACAUGACGAUACCUGAGGAAGUUUAAGAAAAGUGAGCUCAGAUUGUUCUGCACAGAUCACACAAAUGCACAUCAGUGCUCAAAUACAGAAAUGUACUCACUGCAUGUCAUCGACUGUCGUAUUUACCAGCACAAAACUUAAACCAUGGCUGUGCAGCGAUAUGCUCUUGAUUUGAUGAUACCGGAUAAACCAAGACGCCUCACUUUGAAGUCAUUUCCUGUGUCAGUCACUACGUUUCCAGUCACAGUGAAGUGGAGCUACAGUCCCAGUUGGACGAGGACAUCUAACUGGCCUACUGUCCUUGUCCCAGUAUACAAGCACGGGAGGGGAAUCCAUUUAUUGAGCCAAGUAUGUGCGACUCCUCUACGAUAGGUGGAGAUAUGCCCCCUUUCAGCUUGUUAGUAUUGGACCCUUUUCCUGUUGACCUAUUACGUCACAGACCAAACAAUGGACAAACAAGUUAGCUACGGUUAGCUAGCUGCUAACUGGUACCAUGGUGGACAACUUUACAGCUCUGUACAUUUGGUCCGUCCAAAAAGUCACGGCUCUGGAUGUAGAUUUCUUCAUGUUGUUACCGGCUUCUUCUUCUCUUACACAUUUAAUGCUACUGGACUUCCGGGUCAAAGCCCGGGGCUGUCCACCCUUAGUCACAUUAUCUGGGUGUGUUAGUUCGACUGUGAGAAAUUCGAUUUAGUAUGAUUUCAGUCAGACUAACAUGUUUAUAUGGAUUUUAAAAGUCCGGUUUAAGGCGGACUGACACAAUAAACCAAUUUUCUUUUAAUGUCAUGUUUCCCCACUUACUCAUUUUAACACUGUUUACGUUUUAACCCAGAAUAUCAUUAUUGGAUGUGUCGUAACUUUGAGUCUUUGUCCAGUCUGUUGUCCCAAACCAGACACUCAUCAGAGAAGGACUUGUUGUGUGUGGAGCAUGCUCAGUCUGACCUGAUCUGAUGCAUGUUCACCCUCCUGACUGGGAAAUGUCCAGUAUGUAAGCUGACCAGUUUAUUCUCGUGUUGUCCGUCACUGAGCAGCAGCUCCAUUUACCGUCUCGCUCCAGGGCAUCUCGACAGCAACAACCUCACUGUCGCCUCAGCCACAUACGAAUAUUUAAUUUAGAUUGAGCCUUUAAGAACAAAGUUAGUGUUUUACAGUAAAGAAUAAUAAAAUAAAUUAUAAAACAAGACUUAAAAAAAUAAAGUAAAAUGACUAUCAUCAGUUAAUAUUAUUUCAUUCAAAAACAAGUUGAUGGAGGGACAGAAAAACCUGAACAUUAUUUGAAUUGUAUAUUUAUGUUUAAAUGACCGACCUAUGACCUUUAAGUAAGUCUUAAGUCAUUCUUUAAGGCCUUUAACCCUUUCAGUCCCAGGCCAAAAACGUAACAGGAAACCAUCAUCAACAAGUUUUUGGUUAAACUGGCAGCAACUUGAAGCUUAUAACAGUCUCAUAACGAAAACAACAAAGAUUUAAAGGAAUGAAGUAUCUUUUCUUCUGGUUUCACUCAAAUGACACCAUGUGAUUGACUGUUCAUACUUGGUGGGGUCAAAGGUCAACACCUGAGGCACGAUAGGUCAUUUUGCUUCACUUUACAGCGUCUGCUGGGACUGACAAGGUUAAGGAUCUUGAACACAACAGUAGCUGUGCUGAUGUAGACGUGUACUCGAGGUCAUACUUGUGCAUCACAGUAGUGGGGUGAGCAAAACCAAGAUUUUCAGCUGCUACGUCUCCUUUUAAAGGGACAGUUCGACAUUUUCGUAAUUCUUUAAUUUGCCAUCGUAACCAGACUGUUUCAUUUCUACGUUGCAGAGAGCAGAGAAAUCCUCCUGAUAUCGGUUAACCCAUUCAGGUUUGAUACACAAAACUGAGGCCUGAUUUUAAGUGACUACAUCACCAAUAACCUUAAUAAAAAUAAAAAACAGGAAGUGUCAGCUGGGUUAUCAGCAGGUUGUAUAACAUAUGGUACAGUGAUUAAAUUAAAAGUUUAUAAUCACAGAUCCAACAGGUUAAUUUCCUGCCAGGUGCCCCGGAGCAAAUAAAUACUGACUCUGUGUCUGCGUGAAAAUAUCAGCUUCAAUUUAAAAACAAUGGAAGUGCACUGUUGAAAGAGAGGGGUUUUUUUAAUGUGACAUUUGAGUGUCUGUCUGCUGUAGAUUACCUGUGAGUGACGGAUGUGUCGCUGCAGCAGAAUGAAGCUGUUUUUCCCCCUCAGUGUCACAGAGGAAAACACAACACUGUAUGUUUUAAUGCACCGGACUGCAGGUCAUUCAGAGUUAAAUUUAAGGGAAUUUGACUUGAUUUUGGUGUGUUGCAGGUUGUUUUACUGGUUUAAUGAUUACAGUCAGCACAGAGGAGAGGAGUGUAUUUAAAAUAGAUAAUUGUGUUUGCUGUUGUAAUUUAUAUAUGGCUGUGAUUUAAGUUGUAAAUGUUUUUUUUUUUAAGAAAACACAAAAAUAAAAGACGGAAGAGCCCGAAA